AUGAUCCAUGUCGAAUUCCACAACGGAAAGGUUCGCAACGAUUUUCACAAAGCACGUAAAGGGAAAUCUCUUUUCCUGGAUGAGAUUGCGCUCGACAAUACUACUGCUACAGAAUGUGGUAUCGGAUUGUUUGAGCUGGUCACAAUUUCAGUUGAGGAACUAAAAGAAUAUUUAGACAGAACAGAUAUCCAGUGGAACCUGACGGUCGUGUUUGAACUCAUCCGCUCUUGGCGAAAACAAAAUCCUUCAUCAUCGUCCACCGGUUUGUUUUCCCCAAAUGUGCUUACAGUACUUCUGAAUGCAACUGAAGAAGGAAAAGAUAUCUUGCAAAAGUCGUCGUUUGGAGAGCUCAGUGAAGCAAAGCAACUAUCAUUAGCGGAUAUCAUCGCUAAAUAUCAUCUGGCAAAAGAGAAAAAACUGCGUUCUGAUGAUUUGGAACGAUACGCGUCAGCCAUAACUUCGCUAUUCAAAUUCGAACGCAAGGAAAGUUAUUAUCUUCCUCGAGGUGGAGACCGCCGUAAUCACGGAGGCAAAAUUAUCAAUAAAAUCGGAAAUUUAAAACAGAAAAAACGUAAACUGGAAGAAAGAGAAGAAGAACAUUUAAAAAAAUUUCAAGCUGAUAAACAAACGGGUUGUGAGAAUUUUGUCAGUCAACAAUCUAUUGAAGCAUACGGAUGGCUUGCUCUUAAUGAGGCACCGUGGUCAGCAGUGAUUGACAAAUGGUCAGUGAGUCAUGAUUACCGCAAGAAAUUAUUGGGGCAUAGAAAAUCUAUCAUAAAAAUUUUGAAGGCGUGCCCACAUUAUAAGAGUUCGCAUGGUUUCCAGUUGAUUGAUAUAGACUUUCGGCUUUUGGCGCUGGGUGCGACUGAUGGUUUGAACAAAUUGUUUGCCAUACGUACUUUGUUAAUUCAAUAUAUAUCGGAAAGGGCAGCGGAUCCUUCAGCGAAAACUUUAUUGGAUCUGUUGAGAAACAAUAAUACCAGUGAAGACACCAAACACUGUGCUAUACUGCUAGCAUUGCAUACUGUGCUGCCUCCUAUUGCAGCUGGGUCACGAUACAAACCCACCAUUUGUGAGGCGCAGGAGGAUACAGUCGUUUUUGCAAAAUCACCUAUUAUUGUUAAGGAAAAAAAUUGAUGUCAUCAAUUCGAGUUACCAAGAAGGAAAUCUACCGCUUGUUCCUAAAUUGAUAGCUAUUGGAGAAGGGGUAUCCCAAAUCGAUGGUCCUUUUUAUGUUUGUUACAACGAGAUUUGCUACGAAUUGAACACAGCUGCUAGAGCCACUGACGUACUUUUGAAACUAUCUGCCGUAUUCGGAAUCGCAUUUUCGAAGGUUUCUAAGUUGACGUGGCAUUUUAUGAGCUCUCAUGCAUAUUCAGUUCGCCAGCGCGAAUCGUAUGCUGCAAUUAAUCGAUUGGAAAAGUUCUUGGUCCAUCAUCAGACACUUUCAGUUAAAGAAAAUGAUCAAUUGUAUGCUUCCCCACUGUAAUCUUACUUUUUCUGAUAUAAACAUAUAUUUGAAUCAUUUAAAAGAGUACCAUGUUGUUCCUGUAAACUAUAGAUACAGAUGCACAAUGACGAAUUGCAACCAAAUAUUUUCCAAACAGUAUCCAUUCAAGAAACACAUGUUAAGACAUUCGACAUUGGUGAACCCAACACUGCAAAAGACUGAUAAAUAUUUAGGACCGUCGAGUUAUCCAAGCAGGGAUCAUAGUAUUUUGAACAUAGAGAACCAAAUACCUGAAAAGAAACAAAAACUAACGAUAAUUGAGAAUGCACCAAAUUCGAUCUCAAACACAUCAUUUAGUAAAUUAGAAGACAUUGAUAAAUCAGCUGUUCGUUUCGUACUAAGUAUGCACAUGAAGAACAAUUUUACCAGAAAGGAUGUUUAUGAGAUACAAAAACAUGUCUCUGCUAUGUUCAAUGAAGUUGCUCACCUUUUGCUAGAGCUGGACAUGCAAUUUAACGAACCAGAGAAGGAAUUUAAUUUUAAGUGUUAUAUAUCUAAGCUAAAGAAAAUGUUCUCCUUUAUAAGUACUGAUCACAAUUUUUUCAAAUAUUUGAAUACAAACGAAGGAUUUCAAUUACCUAUAAUGGUUACUAUUGAAAAUGAUAGUAUUAAUCGAACACUAGCCGGUACGGUAGAUGAUUUAGAUACUGAACGAAACUGUAGUUAUUUAAUGUUAAUGCCUCUUGAGUAUCAAAUUAAAAGUUUUUUCCAAUGUGAGGAUUUGUUGGAAAAAACUGUUUUAAACACAACGAAACUGGAAAAGUCCGUUAAUAUUUUAAAUUUUGUUGCUGCCAGUAAAUGGAAACAAAUCAGAGAAAAAUACGAAAAUGAUGUAAUAAUACCAAUAUGGUUAUACAGUGAUGAAUUUGAAGUCAACGACACUCAAAGUUCACACAGUAAUAGGCACUCAAUAUGUGGCAUAUAUUAUAGUUUCCCAACUUUCCCUGAAGAAUUUCAAGGAAAGUUAUGUAAUAUUUUCGUGGCAGGUAUGUUAAAGAAGGUAGAUAUCAAAACGUUGGGAUUCAAUAAGUUGAUAUCAGCACUCGUAGACAAAUUUAAAGAACUAGAAGAAGUUGGAAUCACAUUUACGCUGAAUGGUCGAGAAACUGUGGUACGGUUCGUACUGUGUUUAGUUCAAGGUGAUAAUUUGGGAAUGCAUACAAUGCUGCAUUUAUCACACAGUUUCAAUGCUACGUUCUACUGCCGUUUUUGCAAGAGGCCGAAAGAGUUACUUAAACGCGACGUUAAGGAACAUGCAGAUUGUAUUCGCCGUAGGCAAGAUUAUAACGAAGAUAUUAUAAUUAAUCAACAUAGCGAAACUGGUAUCUCAGGAAACUCUAUAUUCAAUACCCUACCUUCUUUUCAUGUAAUGGAAAAUCGCAGCGUGGACGCUAUGCAUGAUAUCUUCAGCAACGGCAUUUGUAAAUACGGAUUUACUGAUGCACUGGAUUAUUUUAUCUUCGAGAAAAAGUAUUUUACGGUUAAUCAAUUUAAUUCAAACCGACAAAAUCUUGCUAAAUUGUGCUUAGACAACGAAAUCAAACGUAUGCCAGAUAUAACUGAAACCUAUAAUAGCAAAGAACGAAAAAAAGCCAUUUCAUUGCGAAUGACUUCCAGUGAAAUGCGCUGCUUCACUCAUUAUUUCACAUUGAUUGUUGGUCGUUACGUUCCUAUUGAAGAUCGAGUAUGGACUUAUUGCAAGUCUCUGAUAACUCUCGUUGACUUGUGUCUCAAACGUUCAUUUUCAAUAGAAGAAACUCAUGAAUUACAGGAGAGUGUUAAUUAUCACCAUACUUUAUACAUUAAUUUAUUCAAAAAAGACCUAAAGCCGAAACAUCACUUCAUCGUUCACUACCCCUCAAUUAUUCGUACUUCAGGACCAAUUGAUAAAAUGAUGUGCUUCCGUUAUGAAGCCAAGCAUAGAGGAUUCAAACAAUAUUCACAUGUCAUGUCGUCCAGAAAAAAUCUAUGCUACACGUUGGGGAUAAAAGCUGGUUUGCAAUUUUACUACGAUUUAUCCAACAAAACUUUCAUGAAACGAAGUUCUAUUGGUGUUUUCAACGUAGGAGAUCUCCGACUAAGACACUACUUUAGUACUCUUUUACAACCGUUACAAUUGAAUGCAGGUUUUAUUUUAAUGUUAUCCAACGCAAUUGAUUACAAAGGCACCAAAUUCAAUACAGGCAAUUUCUUAACAAUAUUAAUCGGAAAAACAAUGCAUCUCUAUGAAAUUUUAGAAUUUAUUUUAUUAGAAGGCACCGUUUACGUCAUUAGUCAGCUUUGGGAAAUAACUGAUUAUAAUGAUCAUUUUAUGGCAUAUGAAGCUGGGAAAAGAAUUCCUGUAGUUGAAAUAAUAAAUAUUGAUACGUUUAGCACGCUACCAGUUACGCUGCACCAGAUCAAUAGUAGUUAUAUGUUUAGAAUUAAGAAUAGAUUUAAUGUUAUAACUGAUGAAUAAUUUGUUGCUAUUUAAAUUAAGUAAAAGAUUUAUAUAG